UCCCCGUCCGUGCGCCCUCGCGGAGGUUUCGCUUCCGGUUCCGGGGCGUGAGGGAAGAUGGCGGCUGCCGGUGAGGAGGCGGAGGCGACGGACUGGGCCCUGCCGCCCGAGGUGGAGGUGCUGGAGUCCAUCUACCUGGAGGAGCUGCGGGUGGCGCGGGGCCGCGGCAGGUGGGAGCCCUGGGAGAUCAGCAUCACCCUGCACCCCGCCACGGCCCAGGACCAGGACUCCCAGUAUGUCCGCUUCACCCUGGUGCUCUCUGUGCCCCCCCAGUAUCCCAACAAAGCUCCGGAAAUCUCGAUCAGGAACCCGCGGGGGCUGUCAGAUGAGCAAAUUCAAAAGAUUUCCCAGACCCUUAGAAGUGUUGCUGAAGCCAGGCUGGGGACAGAGGUGCUCUACGAACUGAUUGAGAAGGGGAAGGAGAUUCUCACUGACAACAACAUUCCUCACGGCCAGUGCGUGAUCUGCCUUUAUGGAUUCCAGGAGAGAGAAGCCUUCACAAAGACCCACUGCUACCACUACUUCCACUCCCACUGCCUGGCCCGCUAUGCCCAGCACAUGGAGGAGGAGAUCCUCGUGCAGCAGGAGGAGAGAGAGCAGCACCUGGCGCCAUCCCCCAAACAGGAAGUCGGUGUGCAGUGCCCUGUCUGCCGGGAGACCCUGGUCUAUGAUCUCUGUGCUCUGAAGGCAGCACCCCCCCCACAGCACCCGCUGGAGCCAUACAGGCCGGACACCAAGACGCUGCAGCACCAGGAAGAACUGCGCUUAAUUUUCAAGAGACAGCAAGAGAAAGGGGGCAUCAUUGACCCUGAAGCAGAGAGGAACCGUUACUUCAUCAGCCUCCAGGCGCCUCCAGCUGCUGUUGAUCCAGGCCAAGCAGCUGCUGCCUCUGAGCUGCCAGUGAGUGCAGGUGCUUUGGAUGUGCCCCAGCCGCCCAGCCAAGCCUCGGCUCCAGAGCCAGCCGGGGCACCGGUGGCCAGGGCAGAACCCGGGCGGCCCGAGAGGCCUGCUGUGCCCAGAGAGCAACAGAGCAAGAGGGAGAGGCACAGAGGGGAGAGGCCAGGCCCCAGAGGCCAGGGCAGGCAGUCGUGCAGUGGCUCACAGGAACCGGGAGAGGAAGCCUGUCAUCCACUCCAUGGCUCCAGGGGGCCCAGGGGCUUCAGCCGGAGACCAGACCGAAGACCUGGUGGGAGGCACAGCCAGGAGUUUCCAAAGCCUCACAGCAGAAGCAGGGCUGCUGCCUUGGCUGAAAGAAAGGAGCUGUGCCCUGAAGACCCCUCACCUGUAACAGAGGCAGUGGACUUGAAAGAGGAGCGCCGUGAUGUGGAGAGAUGGACCCCAGAGGAGGGGGCUGAGGCCCGGGGCAGGGAGAAGGAGAACCUGGCAUUCAACCGCAGCGACCACAGAGCAGCUCCCAGCUGGCAGGGCCACCACAGGCCCUGGGAUUGCGGGAGGUGGGAGAGGUCCAGAGUCCAGGAGCGUGGUUCCUACCCCAGAGCACCAAGAGGGCGAGGAGUGUUCAGGCCCAGUGGACGACGAGAAGCCCAUCUCCUUGAGAAGGAGAGUGGCUCCUAGCAGGAGUGGUGACGGGCUGGGCUGGGGUAGGGGAAGGGCUGUUUCUGGGGAGAACAGUGAAGGCUCUGGUGGAGCAGUAGUAAGCAGACACCGUGCCCCUUGGGAGGGAGGAGGCAGUUGGCAUGUGGCACAGCUUGGGACAGGGUAUGUGUGGAAUGAAGCAUCCUGGCGUGAGUGACUGGCUGUCACCAGCAUUGGAGAAGCUGAUUCCUGAUAGAUGAUGUAAGCCGUGGUCUCGGGGGACCCAGGGGACAGAAGAAGCGUGACUGGGGACCUGCAGCCAUCAUCCCUGUAUGUGAGCUGCCAGGAAAUGUGCACACCUACAGAGCAAAUGGACUGAGCCUAGCAUGUUGCGACGGCAGAGCCAGUGUCGUGGCAGGACUUUCCCUGGAAGCCAGCAUCCCGUGGAGCCGUGGUGGUGCCAAGUGAU